CUACCACCGUUUGUCACCACCCUUCAGCAACUCGAGUGUUUCGGAGUGCCCCAGGAGUUUGUCCAAAAGGCAGAAGAAUGUGGAUGGUCAAGACAAACCCUUAGGCUGCCGCAUAACUUUGAAGCCAUCAUUGAACAAUCUGACACUCCUGUUGACUUUUCCUCCAUCAGCAAGCUCUACGAGCAGCUCAUUGCUGGAGUUUUCUUGAAUAAUAAAACACAGAAAUACUGGGUGGUGAAGCAAAAUGACAUCUACUAUAAUUGCUUCAUGUUGUAUGCCACAUGCCUAUCUUUGGCUGAGUGUGACCCAUUUAAGUAUGUUCCCUUGGAUAAUUGCUGGGGAUGGAGCGUAAUUGAAGAAAGCGAUGGAGCAUUGAUAACAGUGGGAAAAUUGAAACCAGCAUCUUUCAGUAAUAAGCUCUUCUAUGUGAUGGGGGAUUUUGACGCUGGAAAUCUCUCGCCAGAAAUCAGUUAUGAAGUUGCAUUUGUGAUAAAAGUGCCUUUCUCAGCAUCUGAAAGGUGUCUGAAGGCUGCUAGAUCUUAUUUUUCCUACGCUCCCGGAACAUCCCAUGCAGAGGAAAUUGUGUUGGUUGACAAGCAAAAAGAUGUAUGGAUUCAAAUAGUUAUUGGUGAAUUCAUGACAUCCCCUGCAUCUAUUGACCAGACUCUACACUUCAGGCUGGCAGGGAUCGAGCCUGGGUUCGAAAUACAAGGUGUUGUUGUUAGGGCUGUUCAAAAACCGGUCCUGACCAGAACAUUGGACCAGACUGGAGUUACUGGACCAAAGACCGACUAUACCAGCCUAAAGCUUUGAGCUUUUAACUGAUUGUAACCUUAGAUUGGUGUUGGUUCCUUUUCUCUCUCUCUCUCUUUUUUCCUUUUUAUGAGGCCGAUUUUCUGAUUGGAUUUGUUCUUUAUAUCCUGUAUAAUACAAGAAAAGAGCAUUAUGUAAAAUUGGAUGACAAGCCUAGGAAUGAAUGAAUGUAUACAAGUUUUGGCCAGUAAAUUUCAUUAUUUCAGGCAUCCUCGCGUAAUGUUGGAGUGGUGAGAUUUUCCAUGAGUUUUCCUCUACAAACCCAUAGAGAAAAGUGAGUUGAUGAUAGUCAAAGGUGUUAUCGUUGAGCCAAAGCUUUGAUUUCUUAGAGACAUUAAUGACAUCUUUAUAUGUUUCAGAGAUAGUAUAAUGACAUGAUUAUGCUGUGAGAGAGGGAAAGAAAGAGAUUACAAAGUAUUACUUGAGGUUUGAUCAGGUAAGAGAAGCCUGCUGCAUAGCUAAAGUGUGGACGUCAUCUUCAGCUCACCGUAAGUAUGAUAAUCUUGUAUGAAGUAUAUUGGAUUAAUCUGCAUUUAGUGCAUUCCCUUGUUCAAAACUUAAAUUCUGCCAAACAGUUACAUGUGAAUAUGCUGAUGUGAACAUGUUAGAACUUAAGUAAACAGGAUUCUGUCAUAGAUUCACUGUUGUGAACAUGUUAGAACAUAGGUAGCCGGGAUUUUUUCAAGAGAAUAUCUGUUGAAGAUUUGCAAAUAUUUGACAUACUGUAUGAUUAUGUGUGUUGAAAGAUGGAAAGGUUGGCUUGUUGAAAUUGAUCUUUGUGCUAAGAACAAUAAGGCAUGCCUGGAUGUUUAGUGUGAUUAUUAUCUUUCUAUUUUGUAAAAUAUGAUGACAUUCUGUAUUAUGUUAAUAUGUAUGAGUUAUGUUCAUUGAAAAUCUUUCAACAAUAAGAACUCAUUUUUCUUGAUCUAUUUACAAAAUUUUCUCUGUACGGGGGGUUGAUGUGCAAUUUUUUUUUUCUUUUUCUUGUGCAUAUGAAUGUUGAGUAGUUUGAGGGUAUACAUAAAUGUGGCUUUUUUUUUUUUACACGGUAAGAUCGAUAUGGGGGUGCCCCUCUUAUCACAGGAGGGGUGGGGUGAGGAUCGAAUCCAUGUCACUCUUGGGGGAGAUGGAGGGACAAACCCUCCCUCAAUUCCAUGAUCCUCAAAUGUGGCUUAAUUAUUAGAGAUAGAGGUUAGUAACAAAUAAAUUCAGUAUUUGGCGUUGAAGGUAUUUGCAAGAGGGGAACAAUUGUGAUGGCAACAAAAUUAUUAUUGAAUAAUUAGGGCAUGUUCUCUUAUGUUGAAUUCAGCUCAACUCAGCUCAAUUCAGUUUAGUUCAGCUCCUA